CUCAGGCAACGUUUAUUUAUUUCUGCUAAGUGAGCUUCUCGACUGAUUGUAAAUACUCCUGCUAAAUGGUGGAAUGGAGGAAGAGAAACAAGCUCUCAAUGACUCCGGAAAAGAAGAGGUUCCUGAAACAGGAAAAGGACCUCGUCCCUUUAACAUGAAUCAUUACGCUACUAAGAAGAGCGCAGCACAGAGCAUGUUGGAUGUGGCGCUGCUGAUGGCGAACUCAUCUCAACUAAAGACAGUACUGCAUGCAGGGCCGCAGCAUCGCUUUUAUGUUGCUCUUUUUGUGCUUAUCUCCUUUUCCAUCUCACUGCAGGUCAUUGUUGGCCUCUUAUUAAUAUUCAUUGUAAAGUAUGACCUGAAUGAUGUUAAGAAACAGCCAAGGCUAAACAAAAUGAAUGAUGCGGCUACUAUUUUUGUGUUCUGUACUGUUCUUAUCAACAUCUUCAUCACAGCGUUGGGAUUUGAGUCUGGACAAAGCAGCGUAGUACCUGGUAUUGCUCUCGCUCAGACCAGCUCUUAUAACAUCUCAGAAGAUGUAUAACUCACCCAAACUGCACACAAAGGACUGCUCAAAUAUGACCGGAUUGACACACACUGUGCCCAUCAGGAUAAUUAAAUAUAAUCAUAUUAUCAGUGUUGGGUGUAACUGGUUACUAAGUAAUUAGUUACUGUAAUUUAAUUCCUUUUCCCUUGAAAAAGUAAAGUAAGGGAUUACUCAUAUGUUUUCUGUAAUUUAAUUACAGUUACUUUUGAUGUAAUUUGUGAAAUACUUUGUGAAAUAUAUACGUGUGCAAUAGCGUAAUUGACAUCAAAAUUUAAAGUCUUACUUUGAAAUCUGUGCUUUAAUGUAUAAUUCUCACAUUUGUAAUACUUCAGUUAAUAAUAUUAUUUAUUUGAAUUAAUUAAAUACGCCGUUUCAUGUCUAUCCUUGAAUCACUUAACUAAUCAAGGUUGAUGUAGGAUAUAAAAAGUAAUUAGUAAUGAGUAACUAAAUACUUUUUGGACAGAGUAAUUUGGACAGUAAUCUAAUUACACUAUUGAAUAUGUAAUGAGUAACUAGUAAUUAAUUACUUUUUCAG